UGUGCAUCUACGAGCUGCAGAAGUGACCAAACCCGGAAGCUUCUCAAUGGCGAGCGCGUCCACCUCAGAGCUCAUUCUUAAGGCCAUCACCAAUUCUUAAGACCAUCGCUUUUUGUUCUUGCGACCAUCGCUUGGAGCUAAUCCAUCUCUAUGGGAAUCCCUCCGCUGCAAUAUUGUGCCUCAUGUUUAUACCUCAACUCCUACUUCUACCUACCGCUAUUACUAUAAUUACCACUAUUGCUACCUAGCACUAUUGCUACCUACCACUAUUACUACUUACCAGUACUACUGGCUACCACUACUACUACUUACCACUAUUGCUACUAGUUGCAACUACUUCUAGCUACCACCUUACUACUAAUCUAUGCAUUUUCGUAAUAAUCUUCCUGAUACAUCCAGAAUUAUUAAGAUGCAUCUUAUUGUGAAUUAAGAUGAUUAGGAUGUAUCUUAUUGUUUUCCUGUUACAUCCUCUGUAAUAUCCCCAUAGAGAUGGACUAGUAAGCACUAACAUGCGCAUUUCCCGCAGCAUUAACGAUCGAGUCGACUGCCGUGGCUGUCGAUCACCGCUUGCUCCGCGAUACGGAUCUCCCACUUCCGCAUCAACGAUUAAGGACUGCGUAACAUUUUCGUUUACUUGCUUCAUUGGCCGAACUCUUACUUGCUUCAUUAGCCUAACACUUUCAUUUAUAUUUCAAAUACGCACCUUUCCCAUUAAACCCAAAAACAACCACCGGGCCGUCAGGAAGGUCCUUUGAGCCCUUACAUCAACGUCCGUAGUGACAGAUGGCAAGGGCACUCGCGAGAGCGCCACGUGCGAGGCGGUAGGGCCACGCGCGAACAUCAUAAUAAUAAUAUAGCAGCACUAAGAAAAUACAAAUAGCCGGUUAAUUUUCUCUCGGCUAAGUUCUAACAGGUCGGAAGUAAGUAAUAUGACAGAUUUUAAGUUAAGGGAAGAAUUGCGCGGUCCUUCAGAUGAGGCGGUGAUCGGUCCAGUGUAGCUAAGGAACUAGGAAGUAGGAGUAGCGUAACGCCGCCAGCUUUAGGCCGUAGCAUUGUUUUUGGCUCUGCAGCAGCCAUUCAUGUCUGCCGGUUUUUCUGGUAGGCCUGCGCCUAACCUGACCUAACCUCGGCUUACUCCCUUCAUCAUUUACUACAAUUACGAAAACGUAAGCGUCGAAUAAGUUGAUCCUCCUGAUCGAGGACGCGGACACUUACGUUUGGGAAAGCCCUAAUACAGCGUCUCGCUCCCAAGUCAUGCGACCGAAUUCGGCGUCAGUAUUAUGUCAGGUUCUUGAAACUUCGAACUAGAAGAGUUGAUACCGGACCUAAAACUUUGCAUUUAUUCUCUCCAGUGGCAGGAAAGCUAUCUCGUCUGAUAUAGAAUUAGAAACGCUAUUCAUAGUUCUAAAACUAGGCCGAUCGGGAGGCCUCACGUCACCCCGUCACGGGAAGAGCACCUUGGCGGACCUGGGACCAGGCAGUCUGAAUUAAGGCCUCCACCAUGAAUAUGAUCCAUCUUCAGGGGAGUCAUCCUCGGAAAGAGGCAUUGAUUUGCUUCCUCACGGGGAAGAAACCUCCACCAUGAAUGUGAUCCAUCUUCAGAGGAGUCAUCCUAGGACAUAGGAAUAGGAAUACCUCACGGGGAACAAAUAUAGAGGGGAACAAAUAAAGAUGCCGCGUAAGAGGUGGAUUUUUAGGGUGUGUCAGCUCUAACGCAGGGAACGAAAAUUCUCAUUAUUGUACCGGGACGUCCUCGACUGCGCAAGCCAUGUACCUGCCUAUCUUUGAAUGCGGUACCUGUCCUCCUGGUCCACACACUGUAAGAUUACAUUUAAAAAAACAAUAUUAUCAUACCGCCCUCUACUUGACGAGCAUCGUUUUUUUAGGUAGGUUCCAGUAUCGGUAUGAAUAUUUUUAAGAUGUUGAUAAGGAUGAAUCAUAAGUAACAGAGAGGCACACGCAUAUUAAGCUGAACGGUGUUCUUUUAUUUCUCAACUCCCGGAGAGGCGUCUGACGAAAUUGACCUCAGUGAGUCACUUCUUCUUGUACCAAUUUUCAUUGGGCCAUGCACCUAUAACAUGUCCAUACACGACCUAUGAUAAAUAAAUGGACAUAUUAAGCACCAAUAGUCCUGCAUACAGCUAUGCCAUGAUACUAAUCAAGUAUUCUUAGAGGUCCACAUAACUGGAACAGGUCUUGCGAUCAAAAGACGAGUUUCAAGAGAAGUACAUUAAGGCUAGUUUUUCCCUAUCCCGUGUAGAGUAUGGAUGCCGAGUGGAGUUCUUCUGUCCUUUGAUUUCUUAAACGGGAAACAAAUCAAGGGGAAACAAAUCAAAGGGUACAAGAAGUAACUCACUCAACCAAGCAUAGUGAGAAGCUAGCGCUAAGCAUGGGGAAACGCAGGAACGGUUGGGGAAAACGGAGAUUGCACUGAGGGAUCAGUUGCAUGAAGUCGAGGAUGAGGUGAAGAGCAAGAUUCUCUCUUAUGGUUGUUCAUAGCAGUGUGAGUGAUGCAGCCUAUGCAAUGAGUGAUGCGGCACCUAGUAGUAAGUGUGUCUGUGCGCCUGAUAUGGCCGUUCGUGACCACCGUAAAGACAAAGUGGCAGCCUAUGCAAUGUGUUGAUGAUACUUGUCUCUACGUAUAUGCGCCCUCAGUAUGUAAUUUGGAUGAUCUUAAUUGAACAGGUUAAUUAAUUGUUUGAAAGGGCGGUGGCAUAUAGUCCUAACGCAAAAAAAAAAAAUACGGGUUGUACUCGGAGCAGUACCAUCAGGGAUACGCACAUGGCAUAGGCUGCCACUUUGUCAUCUCUACGGUAGUCACGAACGGCCAUAUCAGGGGCACAGACACACUUGCUACCCGGUGCCCCUAUAAUAGGGAGUUACUGAAGGAGACUUGAAUAUAUUUUAUAAUCAUCAAAGUAAGUGUACUAUCACUUACUGACUAGGUGCGCCUUUAUUAGGGAAAGACUCAUGCUUUAAUUUUUUUCCUCGCGCACUAUGGAGUCGAAGCUUUUGACGAGUCAAGAGUUCCUCAAGAAGUUGCUGAACAGCGAGAAAGAAGAUUAAGGCUAGCCAAUCGCUAUCGGGCUGUGAUGAGCAUGUUACAUUUCCGUAUGUUAGUUUUCCCUCAAAUUUUCUGUUUCAUCCUGGUUUGGUCCCUCCAAUCAAGUUAGUAUAAGGUCCUGAGUCCUGUGAGUAUAAGGUCCUGAAUGGGUGGUUUUUCGUCGUAGUAGAGGGCAGUCACGGGGAUUCUAACGUAGUCGGAGAGAAUGUCUCCGCGCCCAUCCGAGGUGGUGCGUUGAGUUCUCUUUAUCGCAAGUAGUCUUGUAAGAUUGACUCGCGUGAUUAUAAGAAGGUGAAUAUAUCUCCUUGUCCUCUGUACUACGACUAGGGAUAGUGAUUGGCUGUCGUUAAGAAGAACGAACGCAUGCGGUAAAGAAAGUCGAAUGUGAAUUGGAACGACUGGCAGGGGAGCUCAAGGUAAUUUAUAGGCCUUCUUUUUAGCGGCGAAAAUUGGGGGUAAAAGGGGAACUCACUCAACCAGGCAUAGCGAAAAACUAGCGCAAAUGUUUCAUCGCUCACUGCAGAAUAUUUUUACUUGUUGUAAGUCACGGAAAUCUUAGGUUUCAUGCUGAUGCUGGAGAAUAGAUUCAAAUCUUGCUUGGUUAGUUGUGCUAUAGUCUUGAUUUUGAUUGAUUCUGCUAUAGUCCUCACAUUGUGCUACACAUAGUCUUAAUUAAUUGUGCUAUCUGUACUAGCCUUUGUUAAUUGUGCUAUAGUCCUCACAUUCCAUCUACUUAGUAAGCUGGCUAUAGUCCAGGCGGAUGAUCCCCUCGUAGCAUAUGCUACCCUCUCUCCGGUCUCGGACAACGCCCUUCCCCUUGUCAUUUUUUCUAUAUUAUACCGCCCACGUGCCCCCGGCGUGUACACACGCCGGGGCAGGGCGGAAGGGUCUGGCAAAUGCUACGAGUUACAUAAAAUCCAUACGGCCUACCGGCGUGCUACGAAUUACGUAAAGAGUGGCGGGCUAUGGAAUAAGAAUAGCAGCUCCGCGCUACAAGCUACUACGUGCUACAUAAACCCCCACCCUGGCAGCACCCGAAACGCCCAAAAGGACCUACUUCGAACGAAUGAGGCAAACGGGUAACCAAAUACAUACGCCGAGAGUCAAAUCCUUGAGCAGAUCACUCCAGGCCUGCUGUUUUCGGUUCUCAGCGUAGUGGCUGGGCGAAGCACUGCAGUCGACUCCGCUCACCGUGAGAACCUCGCGCGCCCCCUGGCCCGGGUUUUGGGCGUGGGUCCCCUACUCUUGGAGUGUGUUGCGUCUCCGGCUGGCAUGGCAGUGUCACGAGGGGGGCCCCAGGCUUGUCGCUUUCGGUUCUCCGCAUAGUGGGCGAAGCACUACGCCCGACUCCGCUCACCAUGCGAACGUCUACCGUGGAUCUUUUCCGUGGAGAGAACUAGGGGGCGGCCCCGUUCUACUCUCGGCCUGUUUGCGGGGUUUUACUCUUUGCGCCGUUUUGGGUUUUCCAUCCAAAUCACGCAGCUUUAUGGCGUCGCGUUGCUGCCUACGUUUCAGCUGCUUCGCGUUUGCUCUCAGUGAGCCGCUUACCCUCCCAAGCUUACGGCGAGUUGCGCUCUAUCGCUUAGCUUCCCUACCUGCUUCUGGCUUUCUCGAGAGGUGUGGGCAUGCGUCAUCUCAAGGCUUUGAUCUAAGUGAACAAGAACAACGCCACGCGAGCAGUGCUGUGCGGCUUUCAUGUGCUUGGGCGAUGCAGUCUGUGAGCCGCUUGAGCUUUCUGAUCAGAAAGCAAGCCCAAGCCUAUGGGCUUGCUGGUUACUUAUGGCUUACUCGAGAGGCCUUGUCCUUUGCGUCCAUUCUUUUCUGAUCCAAAAAGCGCAGCGCGAUGAAGUUGCUGCGUACUUGUGAGCUGCUUAAGAGGUCCCACCCUUUGGCUCAGUUCAAGACCCUCAUCCAAACGGCGCAACGCUGUGAAGCUGCUGGCCCUUUUGACUUGCUGGGAAGGUCUCACCCUCUGACCCAGCGCGGGCACCCUACCCAAACGGCGCAGCUUGCUUUAUGAAGUUGCUGCCUACUUUUGAGUGACCUGCUUGAAAGGUCUCAGCUUUUGACUCUGCUCAAACCUCCCACCGAAAAAGCGCAGCUUUAUGAUAUUGCUCUCUACUUUUGACCUGCUUGAAAGGUCCCAGCCUUUCAGUCAGCUCACUCAGAGGUCUUCCACAAUCAAAGGGCGCAACUCUGUGAAAUUGCUGCCCACUUUUGACCUGCUGGAAAGGUCUCGCUCUUUGGCCCAGAUCUGGCCAGCUUGGUUACUCAAGGCGCGCAGCUUUAUGGAAUUGCUGCCCACUUUUGACCUGCUUGAAAGGGCCCACCUUUUGACCAAGCUCGGGCAUCCUAUCCAAAAAGCGCAACGCCAUGGGGCUGCUGUCUGCUUUUGGCUUGGCUUGCUUGAGAGGUCCCGCCUUUUGCCUUUCUUUGCUCAAGCUCCUUGCUCAAAAAGCGCAAUCUACUUCAUGAAGCUGCUGCCUACUUUUGGCCUGCUCGUAAGGUCCCGCGCUUUCACUCAGUCAAGUCAGGCGCCUUACUCAAAGAGCGAAACUCUAGGAAAUUGCUGCCCACUUUUGACCUGCUUGAAAGGUCCCACCUUUUGACCCAGCUCAGGCCGCUCAGGCAUCCUAUCCGAAGCGCGCAGCUUUAUGCGAUUGCGGUCGUCUACUUUUGGCCUGCUUGAAGGGUCCCACCUUUUCACUCUGCUCCAGCCUCUUAUGCAAAGCGUGUGGCUUUAUGCGUUUCCUGUCUAUUUUUGACCUGCUUGAAAGGUCCCACCCUUUGACCCAGCUCGGGCCCCUUACCCAAAGAGCGCAGCGCCAUGAAGUUGCUGCCUCCUUUUGAGCUGCUUGAAAGGUGUCACCCUUUGACUUAGCUCAGACCUGCUACCCAAAGAGCGCAGCUCUAUGCCGUUGCUGUCUGCUUUUGAGGUGCUUGAAAGGUCUCACCCUUUGACGUUGCUCAGACUCCUUAUCCAAACAGCACAACUCUAUGAGAUUGCUGCCCACUUUUGACCUGCUUGAAAGGUCUCACCCUUUGAGCCAGCUCAGACGUCUUAUCCAAAAGUCACAACUUUAUGAGAUUGCUGUCUACUUUUGAUCUGCUUGAAAGGUCCCACCCUUUGAGCCCGCUCAGACUCCUUAUCCUAAAAGCGCAAACUUAUGGGAUUGCUGUCCGCUUUCGAGGUGCUUAAAAGGUCCCAGCCUUUUAGUUUGAGCCAGCUCAGACUUCUUAUCCAAAAGGCGCAGCUUUAUGAAGUUGCUGUCUACUUUUGACGUGCUUGAGCGGCCCCAUCCUUUGAGUCAGCUCGCAAUCCUUUUUCAAAGCGCGCAGCUUUAUGAAGUCGCUGUCUACUUUUGACCUGCUUGAAAGGUCUGACCCUUUGAGCCAGCUCAGGCGCCUGAUCCAAAAAGCACGCAGGUGCUAACUUGCUCAGCGUAUAGCUGCUGGGUGCUUGCCUCUGUUUGCAUUUCUUUGUUUGCAUGUGGGUCCUUUUUGUAGCACAUACGCAGACGCAGCGGAUUUUCUUCAUGAGAUGACUGGCCCCAGGCUGAGGCGCUUCGCUCUUCGUUUAUUUUUGUCCAUGCAGCGCAGUCCUUGGCUUGUGCUGUUGGUUCAGGGUUUUGAGGUACUGCCGAAAGCCUUAGCAGGAGCAGAAUCGCGGGAAAGUUGUACUCAAAAACGCGGCAUUUUUACGGCGCGAGAUGUAUACAUCUAACCCGUACAUCUUUCCCAUGAUUUCCGUACAUCUCAAAAAAGUGGAAUUUUGGAAACCUACUAUGAAUCGCCCCGGUGUAAGUACAUCUCGAGAGUACAUCUUUCCCGUGAUUUACGUAUAAGAUAUAUAUCUCGAGAUAUAUAUCUCAGACGUAUACAUCGCACCCGUACAUCUUUGCCAUGAUUUGCGUACAUCUCAAGCCGUAAGCUCACUCCUGUUUAGCAUUCAAAAUAAGUUUUGGUUUAUAAUAUUUAUAGAUAAUUAUAGUAUCAUGCAUUGUAAUUAUACAACACCACAAACACUUUCAGGAAUGGAACGCGGACUUCUGCCGUGAUUUGGCCGCUAAAACUGACGAGGAGAUAAGCAUGACGAAGAAGGAAAACCUUACCGACACUGAGCAGCUGAAGAAGCUCAUCUAUCAAGUGGAGGAGUUAUGCUAUCACGCGGCGCUCAAAGCACUAAAUAUACCAACCGGUUAGUUUUUGCCUCUAGAGUCCUAGCCCUUCCAGCAAACAAAAUGUUGAUGCUGAUCUCUCGGAGCAUCUUCUCGGGAUUGAAGUAUAAUACUCUAUUCUGUAGGCUUAUCCCCUCGCAGUUUUACCUCUAUUCUUAGGCUUAUCCCUUCAUGCAGUAUGAUAUUAGUUUGUGAAUCCUAGAAAAUGUAUGGGAACAAAAUGAUAAGUGAACAGGUGAAGGCCGAAGCCGCCCGUUUAGGUUGGAAGUGUUUCAGGGGUUGGCCUGUCCACUUGGUUUCUCAAUUACAACUUCAAAAACAUUGUGCUGUACGAUGAGGUCGUUAGCUACGACUACUACAACACCCCCACCCGCUAGGCACCUGAAUGAACAAUAGGUACACACCCUAAAGAGUGAGGCCAAAACUACCACUACUACAACCACAAGAGUGCGAACUAAAUACACACUCUAAAGAUGGGAGCCAAAUUGGACCUAUCUAAAGCGACCGCAGAUAACAAGUCUUACGCGGACGUGCUGUAUGGAAAAAAACCUUUCAGGAAAGUGAGUAACUAGCCUAAUACCAUUAUCUGACGAGUAACAAGGGUCGUACUCGUAGUCGAGUCUGUCGUUUGAAUAGAACCAACUGCCACAUCAUUGGCUGUUGACCAGUAACAAGGGUCGUAGUCGAGUCUGUCGUUUGAAUAGAACCACUUAGUACAUCAUCAUGGUUUGAAGAAUAACAAGGGUUACAGUCGUCGUCUGUCAUGAGUAUCAAUAUACGUGAGCAUGAGCUUUUCUUUGAAUAUGCUUACAUGAGCAUGAGCUUUUCUUUGAAGGUCCUCGUGCCUCCCCUAGAAGUACCUCCAUCUUUGAAGUAGUACCCCUCCUUGUUUAUUUAUACCAAGGUCCUUGUACAUUUAGAAGUACUUCUGAAGUACCCUUGGAUCUGUCCUUAUGAAUGGAGGAACUACUUAGUAGUAGAAGUUGAUACAGAAAUCCUUUGAAGUACCCUUCCUUGACCUUGGAUAAUUACCCUUCCUUGGAUAGGUACACAAUCACCAUCGCAAAUCUUGGUAGUAGAAGUUGAUGCACAAAUCUAAGUCUAACCCUUCCUAGAUGAUAAUACAUUUCUCAUGACUCAGACUCUUGUUCCUACUGCAUUGCUUCCUUGAUCAUAUAAUUCAUUGCAUGAUAUAGGAUACAACUGCAUGCUUCCUUGUUAGAUAUUCAUUACACCAAUCUAGCCCCUUUUUCAUCUGCGAAAGAAUGAGCUCGCACAGGAAGUUCGUUUGCUGCGAGGACAAUGCCGGAAGCUGGAAGAAGAUAGGCAUGUGGAUCGCAAAGUGGUGGACGAAAUCGACGAAUUUUAUGGCUUCAUGACUCAAGUCAUCUACUAAACAUUUUUGUGCUGUCAUAAUACACGUGUAUCUCUUCAUUUUUACAAUGACGGAAAGGGUCGCAACGGAAUCAGGCAGCGAGAGUUGUCACGUGAUUCGCAAAUGAAUGAAUGAAUGUUGGCACUUCUUUUACUUUAUUUUGCUGCUCUCCCAGGGAUACCAUAUUAUAAAUCUUUGAAGAGGAGGGCGCUCACACUGUUGCUGAUAAAAAUAGUUGGUUGCAAGCACAUAUCCUAUUCUAUAUUAUCCUAUCUUAUCCGAUAUUAAAUAUCCUAUCCUAUAUUGUAUCCUAUAUCAUCCUAGCGUCCUAUCCUAUAUUAAAUAUCCUAUCCUAUAUCAUAAUUAUCCUAUCGUCCUAUCCUACGUAUUAGAUAUCUUCCUAUCCUAUUUAUUACUCUUCUAAAAAUCACUGGAGAAAAAAUCGACCGCACUCGAGGACAAAGCUAAGUACAUGGAGAGCAAGACCUCAAACGAGAUGAACUUGGUGAAUGACCGUCUCCUAGAAUUGGAACGGAAACUGCAAGCGGUAAGAAAUUAGUUAGAGUUUAGACGAGGGUCUAGAAGACUCCUUUCGUGAAGUGUAAGCCACCUUCCCUCGAGCCCCUUCUCUUAGGUGUGAGGCAUUACAACAUUUCUUUUUUGACCGAGUGGCCCAAAUGGGUCAAUGAAAUCGUUAGUCUUGCAGGUGUGUCCAAAAUAGUUAGAGUUUUCUUUCUUUCCAAAUUACUACUUCAUGAACUAUCUAUGUUUAGGGUUAGUAGUAGUUGUACUUCAUUGCUUCAUUCUUACUGCUGUUCUACAGAAAUCAAAUUAUUUUUUUUCUACCUGAUUUCUUUCGACUGAAAAAUUUUCAGGUUGAAACCGAUUCUCGUUUACCGUACCUGAUGGAAAAAACUGAGGGUCUCGAAGCCUCGCUCUCGGAGAAAUUCAAACUUCUCUCAGACAAGAUUGAUAACGAUUAAGGCUUCGUGGUAGUCCUUUCGCGGCUGCGUGUAUUCAUCGGAGGUGCAGGCUUAUAUAUGCUGUGGAAGUUGGAUCCAGUCCUGUGCUAUCUUGUCACAGAUCAGGUGCCUCAGUUUUCUUCUUGGAUUCUGAGGCUACGAUCUGAGAAAGUGAAUUAUUGUAUAAGCUCUACACAGUUUUUACUCUGAAUAUAGAAAUACUGACAUUGAAGCGUCCCCGGUGCACCUCAUUUCUGUAAGCGCUAAAAUGGAGUUUCUGCGGUAUGCGAUGCUCUGGAGUCAUUGAAGACGAAACAGGACAUAGUCAACAAGAAAAUCACCGGACUUAUCAAAGAAAAACACGAAAUCGCUGCGAAGAAAUCGACCGAAGACAUGGCCGCGGCGCUCAAGGAUUACGGCAGACUAUACUAAGUCAAAAACAUCGAGAUUCCUCCAGGACGGGUGUUUUGGAAACUUCCAGGAAGGGUGUUUUUGGAAUGAAUAGCAAAUUGAUGAGAACGUUCUUGGGAAUUCACUGUCUUGCCAUUGCAAUGUGGCUUGGCUUCCUUUAUACCUUUUCUACAAAAGUAUGAUGAACGGCGAACAAUUGACAAGAACGCAGUACCCUUGCGGAUUUAGCAUUUUUAGAUCGCAUAGCAUCGCAUCUAAUGAUGAUAUUGAAUAGAUACAAUCCAAUGUAGUCAGUGACUCACCGAGUGCUUUUUCUGUAGUCCUUCCGCAUACUUCUGUGCACUGUGUUGACUCACCUACUUCUUCUGGAGUUGUCUUCCUCAUACUAGUUCUGUCCAAUUUGACCACCCACUCACAAACCCACGACCACCUCCUACUCUUUCAUACUGUACAAUGGAGUCGCACGGAGCAGCGUGUGGAGGCAGCCUUGGACCUCGUAAGACACGACAUUGUGCACCCUGUGCAGCUCGAUCUAAACAUCCUAUUGAAGGACUCCAACUCUUUCCAGCAGACCACGCAAAACAAUUACGAUUGGCAGUAUAAUAAUCGUACACAGAUAAUCUAAUAGAGAAGUAGGUCACCCGUCAGUUGACGAAAUCCCACCCGUCAGUUGACAAAAGUAGUGUAAUAAAGACGUAGGUUCCAGUCGAGUAGGUGCCGGCCUUCGUGAAAGACAGUGGCUUUAAUUUGAAAGGACAAGGAGGUUCCAGAUGCGCAGGAUUCACAACCUAACCUAACCAAGUAAUCGGCACAGUCAGUGCCAUUACUUCUAAUCGGCAGGAACAGGAUGUCGCGUAAACCCCUUCACGGGAUGGGUUUACUCCUACAACUGCUACUACUACCAGGUCUGUUUGCGGAGGUAUUCGAAAACUCAAAAUAAGCGAGCUACUGACUGAAAUAAGAGAGUCUUGACUACGUUUCUCUCCUUUCAGUAUCUCCCUUAUUUUCAAUAGUUAGUUACUCGGUUAUUUCAGUUUUUCGAAUAGAUGAAACUGCCAGGUCAGUUUGCUACUACCAGGUUCUAAGCUACGCAUGCGGAGGUAGAUGAGACAAUUGGUAACCUGGGCGAGCAGCUUCAGCAACUGCACACGCACUUGAAUCAGGUGGCUCACGAGACGCAGCAGGACUUCGGGAAACACUGUUUAUGGAAGAUCAAACCCAAUGUGGUCUGUCGCGAAGUAGGUAAGUAUUAUAGAAUCCAUGCAAAUGUAUGCCCGUAUAGUUAUGUUCGAACUACACGAUAUGUAUGCUGUGUUAUGUAAAUGUAUGCCUGUGUAGUUAUGUUCGAACUACACGUCCGUGAUAAGGUCGAACAGCAUGUGUUGACUUCUCCAACAUGUAAUCACUCUUCAUCCAACACCUAUAUAAUUUCCACACUGCACCUCCCUCUCUAAUUCUCGUUCGUAUGGACGAGGAGAAGGUGCGCGUUGGUAAACUUGUCACGCAAGUACGAGAAUUAGAAUAUGGAUGAGAGUUUUUCCAUCUUGCAGACAAUCGAGGCUGCUCCUUUCCCCCUCAGGACUGUAUUGCCUAAGCGCAAAGGGACUCAAACUUAAUUUCUGCCGAUCCGGUGCUUGAUGCGCAGGGCUGAGGCCCCAUCUGAAUCUGAAUCUGAAUCUCGAUGGUCUGCCUAGAUGGAAUUAUAGACAUCAUCCAUAUAGAAGGGAAAGUAAGCGCUGAACUGGUAGCCUUGACCGACAGCACUCGCGGGAAAAUCACGCAAAGCGGCUUGGAUUUGGAGAAGCGAAUCGGCGGUGUCUCUUCCAUGCUGGAAGGGGUAAAGAUUAUGACUUAUACAUAGAUAAUGCUCUAAGAGCUUAGCUAGAGCAUUGAUGGGAUGUAUGAAUAAUCACAGUAGAGUAGAUUAAAAUUCCUUUGACUCCCAGGUCAUAAAAUUAACUACUACGAGGUCUACUUUGAUGUACAAAACAAUAACAAAUAUCGGUAGGAGGUUCUACACAAGAACCAUCUAUCAUGAAGAAGAAAGAUGUUAUAAAUUUGAUUCUUCGUAUAUCAAUCAUGAAGAAGAAAGAUGUUAUAAAUUUGAUCUGGUCUAGUAGUUUAAGUCAUAUGAAUUUGAUGUGGUCUAGAAGUAGUUUAAGGGAGACUCCCUCUAAUCUGAGAGAAUUCCUUGGCGAAUUGAAGAAGCAGAGCAGCACGUUGCAUGAAGAGAUGGAAUUCAGAUUGGAAGCGGUUGUUAUGCUGAAACGUGGUCAUUUUUCCACUGAAGUAGAGGUUUAAUCAUGUUCAUGAGUGGUGGGGACGGGCAGUAGUUCUAAUGAAGUUCUAAUAAUGCAUGUACUAGUACUUCUAGAAAGAUGACGGCGUUUAUUUUUCGGACUUCUUGGAGUAGUUCUAAUUGGAGACACAUGACAUGACAAGUUCUAAUAAUGCAUAUUAUACUGGUUUCAUCGUUCUUGAUGUUUUUGAUUUUUCGUUUUCAACCAUCGAUUCUAUUCAGUCUGCCUCUCUUUCAUAAUUUAAAAACGACCGUGAGGAGGUGACGAGUGCAAGAAUUUCUUCUAACCUUGGAGAGGAGAUGGACAAAGUAAAGCAGGCUGAGGCACGGUUGUCGGAUAGCGUUCGAGCGGGUGAGAGCAACCUCCUCUGCUACCAGACAGAGGUGAAUGAGCUACUCGAUGCCAAAUUGGCAGAAACAAAGAACAACUUGCGCAUUCUGCUCGAAGAACAGGCUGGGGAAACGGUAGAAGAAUUUUCUGUCUUCUAGUAUCUAGGUACGACAAUUUUCUGGCUUCUAGAAGUAUGUAUUCAUCGUAUCUUCUAGUAUCGUAUCUUCUAGUACUACUAUUACAGAAUAACAUAUGUGCUGUGUCUUUAUGUAAAUUUAUUUGUACUGCUGAAUGAUGAAGAAGGGAGCAACGACCAAGAACUUGAAGUACUACAGUUUUACUUGUUAGAAAUCUCGCGCUCUGUAAUUAUACGUCGUCUCUUAUGACCACUAGUUCUAGUACAGAUUAUGCGAAUCCACAUAAGAAUCCACUUGUUCGACUCUUCAGGGAUUGAAAUUCGAGCAAGUGGCUCACGAGAGCGUGACGGCCAUGGAAGGGGUAAAGGAAAGCGUCACGCAAGAGCUAGCAGACUGGAAUACACGUGUAGAGGCCAAGUUUGGUGCGGAAGUCUCAAAGGUCGAGGAAAAAGCCGAGUCAGCUAAGAGAGAGCUCACAAAGGAAAUCGGAAAACUCCAAGGCCAGGUACUUGAGAAUAUACCUGCUUCUAGAGUGAAGACUAUAAGAGCUCACCUCCUCAGGGCCUGGUAUAGUAAAAUAGUUAUUUGAUAUAAGGUUGUACAAAUCUCCUCCGUAUUAAUAUUGAGCCCUUCCUCGGAAGUGAAGCACAGUAUUAAAUAGCCCCGUCGACAGUUUCGGAAUACUGAUCUGGGCAACAUUCCAUUCCAUACUCCAUAGAAAUUCUGACUUUGAAACGUCCUAGGUGAAUCUCAUUAAUAUAAGGCUGUACCUUUGAGGUCUAGGUCUACGAUUUCUCCCGUACUUGAAUUAUAGCUUGCGGCCGCACAGCGAGCGACGCAGACGGCACAGAAAGAGUUACAGCGCUUAACCGAAACGAGCACAGCACAACUCGAGCAGCAAGGCAACAAAUUGAAGAGUGUGGAAAAGAAACUCACUCAGCAGGAGAAGGAAGUGCAUCACCUUUAUGGAUCAAACUCAUAGGAAUCAAACAGCAUUUUGUGUUAUUGACCUAAUUUUUUUUAGCGACUGACCGAGUCAUAUUCUAUUCGUUGAUUACCGUAAUCAAAGUUUAGUCCUCGCUGUUUACCCUGAUCGAAUCUCACACGUCCAUAAGAGGACAGUAAAUCCUCGACCUCAAGGGUAAAGCCUCCUCCGAUUUACUGCCUUGGACUAUCAUCAGAAAGCGUGGUCCUCGUCGUACAAGUACUCUAGUCUAUUUUUCUCCAUUUUAUUAAGUUCGCUGAAUAAAACUAACUCUUAGUAUAAUAAAAGUACCAAUUUGAAUAAUGUUUCUCACAUCAAUCUUUCUCCCUAGUUAGUACGAAAUACUUGUUUUUCUACUUCACAUCAAUCUUACUUUCAUCCCAGUAACUAAGUACUUAUUUUUCUUCACAUCAAUGAAUCUUUAUCCAUCCCAGGAACUAAGUACUUCUACUUGUUUUUCUUCACAUCAAUGAAUCUUUAUCCAUCCCAGGAACUAGGUACUUCUACCUGUUUUUCCCUUCAUACCCUCUCUACGGAAGAGUCUAGUUUGCAGCAGGCAGUGGAACAAACGAACAGCCGUGUCCGAAAGUUUGUUGACGAGCAAUUGCGGCAGUUCCGUACUGAAGAGGCAGAGCGCGUCUAUCAUGUGAAAGAGAAUUAUGGCUUUGCCUUCUCACAUCUUGGCAGAUGGGUUCAUUUUCAUGCUUGACGUGUAAAGAUGAUAAUUCCGAUUUCGCAUGUUGGCCUUGGCUGGCACUUUUGAAUUCGAUUCAAUUUCAAUUCCACAUUUGUCAAUCAGUAGUUGCAGUUUGUGAGAUUACGCUGAAAAAACGAUCUUAUUUGCAUUUGGGGUCAUAUCAUCCGCAUUUCACAUUGUGGCUGGCAGUUUUUAAUUCGAGUCUACAGGUCAAGCAUUAUUUGAGGUUUUUUGAGUAAUAUGAAUAGCAACUUAUGGACAAAAGAUAAAACAUUGAGUAACAUGCGGCGUUUCUCUUGCUUUCCUCUAAGAUUAGUGCGAAAAGGUCGAGUCGGAAUUGCAGCAUGUUUUUACAAAGCUGAGCUCCCAAGUGUUUGAGCGGGUAGACAAGAGUGGCUCCGAAAUUUUCGCUAAGAUGGAUAGCGAACUACAGAAAAAACUUUUGUUAGGACGUUUCUGUCUACAACUAGUACCGCAUGGCGAUAUUCUAGGGUCACAGUUCUGUCCUUUACACAGUCUUGCUCUAUAAAGAAAAAUACUCGAAGACUGAAAAUAACCGAUUCAGUGACUGAAAUAAGGGAGGUAAGUAGGUUUGACGGGGCUACUCUUCCUUGUUCAGGCUUAACUGUGCUUAUUUCAAGUAGUUACUCGGUUAUUUCAGUUUUUCGAGGCUCUGAGUUAUUCUAGGUAAACUUCGUUAUGUUAAAUGUCCAUCCAUAAUCCUACUUUUCCAACACUAGCGUCAUUGAUUAGACGUGAAGUCCUCCUGUUCUAAAGCUAGCGUAUUCGAAGGAGAGUCGAGUUUCUCAGCUGAGCGCUCGCAUGGUUGAGCUGGAGACCAAGACAGCUGCGCAGUUCGAAGGCUUAGAGCGCAAUCUGGAACGCGAGUUUGGACGUCUUGGUAGCCCAAAGCAGGGCAAUGCGCGUACCACAACUAUCAUUAAGGCUAAUCUUAACCUGGCAGUAUGAUGAGUGGAGUAGCAUGAUAGAACUGUGACCUAUAUUAAGCUAUGCUCCAGCCUAUAAGCUAUUGGAGUAUGCUGAGUGGAGUGGUCGCCCUUGAUUUCAGAUUUCUUAAAGGGGAACAACCAGAACUUGUGUACGGGUCCUCCGAUAUACGUAGAUUUGUGGCCGAAUGUACGGUCUUAUGCGCCCCCAGUAUGUAACUUGGAUGACAAUAGUUGAACAUGUUAAUAUAGUCCUAACGCAAAAAAAAAACUACGGCUACUAGGAGCAGUACCAACAUCGGGGAUACACACAUGACAUAAAGGGAGGAAAAGGGCAACUCACCCACACAAGCAUAGAGGAAAGCUACCGCUAAUAUCAGAUCCCCGGUGACGUCGACAAGUGCGGCAAGCUCUCUGCACAGCGGGCAGAGAAUUUAUGUCGAGGGUGUAACAACAUCAUCAUUUUUACUGUAGUAGUAGUAACCUCUUCAUCAUGUCAAUUGAGUGGUUUAAUUUUCCGAUACAAGCAGUGCCUGUUGCAUUUGUUUUUGAGUACAGGAGCCAAUGCCUUCAUCACUCGUUUUUUGGAAUUAGUAGCAGUAGGAACAGCAUCAUCUUCACUCAGAGAUACACAUAUGACACAGAGCUCUCUUAGUACUCCAAAGAUGCAUCUGCAUUCUUCCCUACUCCAGUUUCUACAGUAUAGCUAUAGCACUACGUCUGAUUUCCAUUUUCUUCUUCUUGGUCCUUUAUCCAGUACUUAUGGGAUAUCAUCAAAUGCUAAUAGGAGCUUUCUCUGGCGGCAGCAAAGUCACCGGAACGUGGGGAGACGAUGAGCACUGCUCUCCCAUCAGGCUCGCUCGCUUUUUUAUGGCUCGCUCGCUAAUUGUUCAUCUUUCACGGCAUCCUUGUUGAAAAGUACACUGUGUGGGGGGUUAUCUAUCAUGCAUGGGGAAAAAUGUUUGCCCCAUGCAUCCACCAAGUAGACCGAACCUCUUGCCAUUAGAAAGAAAGCUCUAACUUUUCUCUCCACGAACAGGUCGAGCAAUGCUAGCAGCCGCAACGACACCGGAUUGGAGUGAGGGACUGUGCGACGAACAAGGUGAAAGUGGCGAUAGUCCCUUGAACCACCAUUAUAUUAGGAGUUAAAGUUCACGAGAGGAAGCACAAGGAUGAGAAAAAUAGUAAACUCUUGAGAAAAAUAUACAUAGCGACUCUAGUAUCACAAUAUUAGCAAUACUGCAUGAUCGGGCCCCGCAUACGACUCUCGGGUUGCAUGAUGUUGGAGUACCACCAGGCUUCCUAUAGUAACUAACUAACUACAACAUAAUUACAACCUAGUAUAACGUCGAAUGGUUUGAAUAACUUCGAGAGAGAUAGUUUUUUGGUAAAAUCAUAUUCAUGUUUUUGAUGACACAGUAAAGGCAAAUGUUGGAAAAUCAUUGAAUAGUGUUGUGCAAGAACGAAUCUGCUGUUCUUAUUCGGCGAAGGAAGGUUGUGGUCACAUCAACAUUUCGUUUUUGCUUGAACAGGUCGUAAAAUCUUUGAUUCUGUAGAAGUUGGAUAAAGUUGCAUGUUUUUUUGGGAGUCGCAUAUUAUGUGAGAAGACUACGUACGUAAGAUUUUGGCCUAUAAAGGUUUUUGAACGAACAAUCAUAUGUACAGCGUUCUUGUAUCUAGUGGAUUGGUAUACGUUCUAAUCAAGAUCAACUGAAAAUUUUGAUGAAAAUCAUAGUAACUAAUUUCUGGGAUUUCUUGACUCACCACGCAUUUUAAUCUUAUUCUUUCAUUUUCCAAAAGUAAGAAGAGAUAGAACAAAGCAGUACCUACAAGAAAUGUACCUACGGUGAACCGUAAUUUUAUUCAGUCUUUUUCAAAUGAACAAACAACGUAGCAACUCGAAAGGACCACAUGUUGUAUUACCUCAUGGAGGAGUUCACAAUUUCUAGGGGGCAUGUUAGUGUCCUAGAUAUUGUUUAGUCUCCAAAAUAGUAUGUGUGCGACUUCUAUGUGAGACUCAUGCCAUGCCAUGCAAUAAGGCAGCAAGUCCUCCUUUGAGCAGAGGCUUCUUAGUCUCGUCAGCCUGAUCUUCUGAGUCUCAUUAUGAAAUGAUACCCCCA